AUGAACAUAGAUGAUCGAUACUCGGUCGAACAUCUAUUAUUCAUUCUCGAUCGUCAUCGAAAUGUCUCUUCUCCACAUCGAUAUGUUGAUCUCCGCAAAACAUCCGACAUAUUGCUAAUUCCUCAACCUUCCUACACAAUGUUAUUUGAUAUUCUGGCCGUGUUCGUUGUUACACUUAUUUCGACAUUGCUUUUAUGUACGACAUCAGUGCAUGGUCUCCCAAAAUUACCUUCAACCCACCAUCAUCUUACCCAGAAGAAUCCAUCUGCUGACUUAUCUUCUCCACUCAGGCCCCUACACCAACCUCCCAUCCCGCAUGUCGAUUAUGAUUUAGGCGGUGAUACUUCUGAAAUGUUGUCUGGCGAAAGCAACGAAUACUCAAGAAUGAAAAAUCUUAACGACGACUUAUCAUCAUCAUCCUCUUUAAGUUCUUCGAUUCAUGCGUCUGAUGUGCCAUUCGAUUUCUAUCUUCAGCAAUUACCGUCGAAAUUAUCGUCUAGAAAAUUCUUCUCAUCGUUACAAAAGCAUCAGCAACAUCAAGGAGAAAAGCAACAAAAACGAGCCAGUUCGCCGUCAAUCAGUGCACCGCCAUCAUUGCCAAUAGAUUUCAAUCUCGAUGCAGCUGCUGUUGCCGCAGCAGCAUUGGCUGAUCCAUCUGAUCCAAGCAGCGUUGUCAAUCUCAGUCGAUUGAGCGAGUCAACACGUUUGUCACCUUCACUCAAGGUUUUGGUCGAAACCAAUCCAAUUGCGCGCGCUUGGCUUACAAUGCUUUUACAAAAAGUUAUGGAAGAACAGCCAACACCGUACAUAUUCAAGUACGGCCGACGUCGCAAGAAAUAA